CUACUGUUGGAGCUAUUCCCACAAUGAUCCAUGAUCCAUGGAAGAACAUUCGAUGCAUCUGCAGCCAUCUGGGCUUGUCUCAGGAAAGCGGGUCUGGGAACCAUUCACCCGAUUUUCGACAUUCAGACGAAGUCGACGUUGACCUAGACCCCCAGGUUCCCACGCUUGGAACUCAGGGACACUUCUCUAACAUCUCUAACUCCGGUACUUUAUAUCCCUCCUGCAACGGGAGAUAUCCCUUUGCGGAACCCUAUUAGAGACGGCCUUCCAUCAACAACCAGAGUGACGGCUUCCUUGCUCGGGUCGAUGGUCUUGGCAUAAGUCUCUGCUGGCUCCGUUUCAUCUCUUCUUUCCCUUUUUCACAGACAAUCGACGAGGUUCAACCGGAUUUCGUUCAACAAAUGGCACCACCAGGACCUUUGAAUCUCGAUGUCGAGGCCAUCUCGGGCAUUUGUGGCUCAAUAUCAAUAGCAUGCUGGGUCUUUGUGUUCUCGCCGCAGAUCAUUGAGAACUUCCGGCGCAGCAGCGCCGAGGGCCUCUCGAUCCAGUUCAUCGUCGUCUGGCUUCUGGGCGAUGUCUUCAACAUCCUGGGUGCCGUGCUGCAAGGGGUGCUCCCCACCAUGAUCAUCUUGGCCAUCUACUACACGAUAGCCGAUAUAGUCCUGCUGGGCCAGUGUUUCUACUACCGCGGGUUCACGCUGCGGGACGAUGUCACGCAGCCACCACCGAAGAAUCCGAAGCGCAACGGCAAUGGCAGCGGAGCUGGGAACUUGCGUGGCGAGCCGAACGAACGCACCGGGCUGCUAGCCGCUGAUAACGCCGCCGCCACCACCGCCGCCGCGACGCACCCAGAACGGUCGCCGUACUAUCACAGCGCCCAGGAUCACGAGCGAAGGGGCUCCUGGACGCACCUGUCGCCGGCCGUGCCGCUCGUCAGCGAGGAACCCGUCGCGGCAGCAGUCCCGCUCCGGCCGACGACGCGGCUCCAGGCUUGUGCGUUCAACACGCUGGCCAUCCUGAUGGUCUGCGCAGCUGGCGUCGCGGGGUGGUGGCUGAGCCGGACCGACGGGCAGCAUCCGGCUAAGGGAGACGAUGGCCGCGGCGAUCCUCUGGAGUUCAACCUGCUGGGUCAGGUCUUUGGGUGGCUGUGCGCAGCGCUCUACCUGGGAUCCCGCGUGCCCCAGCUGCUUCUGAAUUGGCGGCGCAAGUCGACCGAGGGAGUGUCGGUUCUGUUCUUCUUGUUUGCCUGCCUCGGCAACCUGACAUAUGUACUAUCUAUCCUGGCAUUUGACCCGAAAUGCGACGGAGACCAGGGGUGCGAGCCGGGCGAGGCGGCGCAAAUCUUCUUGCAAUAUAUACUGGUCAACCUCUCAUGGUUGGCUGGCAGCGCCGGCACGCUGCUGCUAGAUUUGAGCAUCUUUGUACAGUUCUUUUUGUACGACAAGAUGGAAGAAGACGAGAGCAGUGAUAACGAGAGUAUGGACGAGGAGGAGAGCAUUGAGGGUGAUACAUGGGAUCAGCGGCCUGUUUUAGAGCGGAACAACACUGGGUAUUAGUUACCUCUACAUCACAGGGACACACGAGGUCUUGGGAAACGGUUUCGAAACAAGGAUUAAAAUACCACA